GUCAGAAGGUUCAAGGCGUACUUGGGCACCUUCGUUCUCAAAUCAUCAUGCCAGGAGGAUAUCGCAUUCACGUGUUCAUCUCUUGGUUGAGGCUCACUAUCAGGGCAACCGCAUUUCGGUCAUAUACAAGUCUCCUCUCUUUCCUUCUGCGAUUGAUCCAACACUAUGAGGUCGCGAUUGGUAGAAAAGGCAGAGUUUUGCGAGAACCGGGCUUGGCGCUCAACUCUCAGCCAACCGUCCAAGAGAAGAAGACUCACGAGACCCUCGCAGUGCCGUUGCUUGAAGCACCUUCAGAAUCACAAAGCGAAGGGUUGAACAGCGUGGCUUCCAAUACCCGGUCUCCCCAGACCUCUUCUGUGCCAUUGGCUCCAAGCUAUAUCUCCAUGCCCAGCAUUCAUACCACAGUGGCUGUCGCCAUGCCAGGACGGUUCUUUGAUAUCACUACUCCCAUUAUGCCUGGACAAAUAAAGCGAUACGAGAGGAAUCAAUUGUAUGUAAAUUAUAUCUGCUGGUGUCUUUCUAAUGCCGUUGUAAUCCAUAACGACAGCCAAGAUUACAACCAAGAUUUCGAGGUUCAGAAAGGUCCUUUGGACUGUUCAGAGGAGCUUGCUCCGGUGUCGGGAUGGGAGCCGCUCACACACCCCGAAGGCGCUUUGUUUUUCUAUCACUCCAAUGGUAGAGUUUUCACUGAUGUCGAUGUUCGGGACCCUGGAACUGCAGUCAAAAUGGGUAGGGUUGCUGAUCAGGCGUACGAGGAAGCGCGCAAGGCAGCCACCUUUCAUCCGUCUGUCGAGCUAACAUUGGAGCGCGUGGAGGUGGAUGGGAAAGAAAAAUGGGGCUAUUACUUUGCUGACCAUGACAGACGUGUCAUUUUCUGGCUGGAACCCCACACAAUUAUUCUGGAUAAUGUUCGAGGAGUAAAACGCAACACCCACAUCCGGUAUGCACUAGAAUCACAGUACUGGGGACAUAUUGAAUUGUUUCCAAACAAACGCUUCCUUCCGGUAGACGUCGUUGUGAGACUGAAGGAAAUUGUUAUCUUUACUCAGGCAGACAAUAUCACUUCCGAAACAUGCCUAUCGCCUUUUGCUUCAGACGAGGUUUCAAAUAUGCUUGGCCUUAUGGAACCUCUCAUGAGCAGUGUUAACAAGGAGCAUGAGCAUUCUGUAUGGAUCGUCGCUCGAUUUAUGGGAGAUUUCUGCAGCGAUAAGUUUGUAAACUUCUGUGGACAGCCAGGUGCCCGACUUAAUGCAGACAAGUCGUUGUACGGCGAUUCCAUCGCCCGCCCCAAAACCGUCCUUUUUCGUAUCAUGAACAUCAUUCUGUUUGGAUCCCCUGAUGCUCAUAGCAAAGCCCUUCACAAAAUAUGGGUCGAUAACACCAUCGUUCGACGGCGUUGGAAAAACUUCAUCAACAGGCUUAAUAGUGAAUGGAAUGGAUACACGAUAUUCUCUACUGUGAUGCUUGCCGUUGAUAUCAGUUUUCUGGCGGUUCCAUCCGUCCAGACUCAAACGCCCGCAAUACUUGUAUCAUAUAUGUCUUCCCUCUGUGCAUUGGGCUCGUUAGUGGUCUCACUAGUCCUGGCCGGACAAGUCAAUGACAGCCGGCGGGACUCCGCUAAAGGCGUGGCCUCGUUCAUGUUAGAAAUGUCGGAUUCUAUGCUCGGCCUCGAGAGCCUUGCACUCAUGCUCAGUCUGCCGUAUGCUCUUCUGAUUUGGGGAAUGGCAUUCUUUGCUACAGCGUUGUCCAUCGUGAUUUUCCGCGCUUCCGACGUUGUCACCGUCUCGAUCGUCUCUCCAAUCUGGACCGCCAUAAUUAUCUUGGCUACGUGGCCGGUACUGGCUGCCAACAAUAUUCAUGUAUCUCACCUGAUUUUCUGGAUCACAGAACAGGUGUUGCGUUCUAGAUCGGAGGCACCAGCCCUCAUGCCUGUUUAAUGUAGUACAGUUGUAUAUGGUGCUUUGCUCGUUUUAUACGAUACCCAAUUCCUUGUGGAUUUCAGGAAUAUCCAGGACGUAGCAGCUGUCUGCUUCAGAGUACACACAACGAUCAUCACAUAUUGCUCUACAUACAUAACCCUCUGAUAGCAACACGUAAGUAUUAUCUUGGAAUGGACACUUGGGAGUUUCCC